AGUCGUCACGUCCGCUUCCACUCGCCGUGACGGAGACGGGCUCUGGCCCUGGGAGCCGGCGGCAGGCGACGCCAUGGAGCUCGGCGGCGAGCAGUUGUCGCCCAAGGAAGAAGGGGAGCUGGAGGACGGCGAGAUAGACGAUGACAACGACGAGAAUUUCUACCGGGACUCGCGGCUGGUGUCGUUCUCCUCGCCGAGGCCCCCGGGGCCUAAGCCGCACCGGCCCGGCUCUCGCCUCGCAGCCCAGCCGCCGUCCUCGAGUAACGGCCUGUCCUACCGGCUCAAGGAGCCGUACCGGGGCUUCUCGCAGCAGCAGCAGCCGCCGCUGCUGCCGCCGCCCGCCCUGCUCGGCGAUUCGCCCCGCUCCAACUUCUGGGAGAGGAGUCACGGUACAUUCGGCCGCUUCCGCUGUCGGGAAGGCUCCCACCGCGGCCGCUGGGGUAGAGGAUGUCCGGGCCCUCGGGGCUGCAAGCGAGGAGGGAGACCCGGGCUGGGUGCCGGGCCCAACUUCAACAGUGGCAGCAACCUCCGCAGGGACUCUCCGCCCAGGAAACCAAAAUUUUUUGGACGUUCACUAUCGAGAAGACCAGCAUAUCACCACAGAAAUGAAGAUGACAUGGAAGAAACAUUUGAAGAUCUACUUAGGAAGUACAAGGAGAUUCAGCUGGAACUGGAAUGCCUUAAUAGGGAAGAGAAGAUGUCUCAAAAUACUAAGGGAGAAAACUUGUUGGAAGAAGAAGCAGGAGUUGUAUCUGGGAAUGCUAGUAUUGACACAAACAGUAUUGAAAAGAACAAUGAGCAUUUGCAAUCUUCCGCAGAGAAACCUCAGGUUAAAGCUUUUCAAUCCUUUGAAAUAAAACCCUUAAGAAAUAAACUACCUACUCCAGCUGAAAUGGAUCGAAUCAACUUGAUCAAAGACCAUAAAGUGGAGCCUUUAGAACCUGUAAUAGUAAAACAAGGUGCUGAAAGUAAAGAUUCAGGUCCUCCUUCAAAUAGUAAGAAGUUGUCAAUAGAAUCUGCCUUUAAGGAUGCCAAAAUGGAGGAAGAUGAUGAGGACGAGGAGGAAAAGGAGGAGGAAGAGCUGUCUGAACUCCAGUUGCGGCUACUUGCAUUACAGUCUGCGAGUAAAAAGUGGCAACAAAAGGAACAAUGUGUUAUGAAGGAGAGCAAGGAGAAGUUAACUAAGCCAAGAAUCACUCAGCAGAAGAUCAGGAGCAGCCCAAAACCGCAUGCAAUCAAGAAAACUCUUAGUGCAGCAAGUGCUACAAAACAGGUUUUACGAAGGCAAAAAACUAGAGCUUGGAAAAAAUUACAGCAGCAAAAGGAGCAGGAAAAGCAGCGCAGAGAAGAUGAGGAAAGGAAACAGAUGGAAGAAGAGGAAAGAAAAAAACGUGAGGAGGAAAUCAGAAAAAUUCGUGAUCUCUCCAAUCAGGAGGAGCAGUACAAUCGUUUCAUGAAACUUGUUGGAGGAAAAAGACGAUCCAGUAGCAAGUCAACAGAUAUAGAUAUCAAAAAAUCACAAGAAAAGCCAACAGAAGAGUCUGGUAACUUGUACCAGUAUGAUAACUAUGAAGAGGUUGCUAUGGAAACGGAUAGUGAAACCAAUUCACCAGUAUCAUCUCCAGUGCCACUUCCAUUUUCUGUGGAUUACCAAACAGGGUAUUUUGUUCCAAUGCCGCCAGUGCCAAUAUUUAUGCAUCAAAAUAUGGGAGAGCCUUUUAUUCCAAAUUAUUUGGAGAAUUACUUACCUUGUCCCUUGGACAUGCCCCCACCACCACCGCCACCACCACUUCCACCUGAAGAGCCUGAGCAACCACCUAAGCCACCAUUUGCUGAUGAGGAGGAGGAAGAAGAAAUGCUUCUUCGAGAAGAAUUGUUAAAAUCGAUAGCAAAUCGGCGUGCUUUGAAACCAGAGCAGGAUUCAAGUGAUGAUUGUGAUCUAUCUCUGCCACCUCUUCCUAUUGAGAAUUCACAAUCUGCAUCAAUAAAUCAUUUCUCAACUGCCAGCUUGAACUCUACCUUACAGCCACGCCCACAAACCACAAAAUUUGUGAGAGGGCCUUCAGCAAGUCGGCCACUGAUAGUGAUUCCAAGGCACAAAUCAGUAGUUGUGAGACUGGAUGACUCUGAUGAUAGUGAGUCAGAUAAUGAGCAACCCAGUCUAAGUAUGGGUGUCUUUGGAGGUUUAGAGUCGAUGAUUCGAGAAGCCAGAAGAACUGCAGAGGCAUCAAAACCAAAGCCAAGGCUAAAAGCAGAGAAAGAAAAUGAUCCUGCAGGGACCAAAAGUGGAUUUUCAGAAGGAGGCAAGAAAGAAAAUAGACCUUUGAAGGAAGAAAAUGUCAGUCGUGAGAAGCAGCGAGUGUUGAAAUCAGAUUUAGCAAAGAGUGGUCCAUCACCAGUUCACUCUGAUGCUGAGGUAAAUGCUGUUGGCAAGAGAGCAAUGGUCAAUAAACAAUUAUCAGAAGUUGAAGAGAGACUAAGAAAACACAAUCUCCUGCUUACAAAAGAUGAAUCUCUCUUAUCAAACCUACUACAACAAGAAGCAAAAAAAAAGGAAGCACUGCGUCAAGCUGAAGUCAAAUAUAUGAAGCAUAAAGAACAGUUGCAGGCUGCUGAGAAGAUUGUCAAUGCCAAUAGAAUGCUCCUUAAAAAACUUCAAGAACAGAUUCAUAAAGUAAAGCAUCGAAUACAAGUUAAGAAAAGUUUGUCAGUUAAAUAUGAAGAAUUUGCGCGAGCAAAAGCACUUGCUAGUCGAGAAGUAGGGAAACGUAAACGUGAACAAGAUUCAUUUGUUUCUAAGAAUAUCCGAUUAGAUGGCUCAUCUAAACAUACAGCAAUUUUAAAGAAACAAUCUGCUGAAUAUAUAGCAAUGGAGAAAAAGCGCUUGCAACAACUUGAAUACGAAUAUCGGCUAAAGAUACAAAAAUUGAAAGAGGCACAAGCUUUAAGGAAUGCAGGGCAACCUGAAAGCUUGCCUGGAAUAGAGGAAGAACAAGCAUUUGUGGUAUCACAGCCUUCAUUGCAUGACCUAACUCAGGAUAAGCUUGUUCUUGAUACUGAAGAGAACGAUGGAGAAGAUGAAGUGCAGUCUCCAUCUCUAAGGGAACGAAGGAGGUCAUUCCGGGAAUCAAACUCUUUCACUAAGCCAAAUCUGAAGCACACUGACCUAAGUCAAGGGAAAGAAACUUUAAAGCCAACAAAGAAAAGCUUUGAUGAGCCUGAACUGUUCCUUGGUCUCAAUAUCGAUGAUCUCAAAAAGCUCCAUGGAGAGGCCGAUGACUUUAAAACAUUGCUGCAGAAAACAUUAGGCUGCAUGUCUUCAAAAGAGAAGUCUCUGUGUGGUCAGGAGAUUCCUGUGAAUUUGGAUGCAAUGUUACAGUCAAGACAAGUUGAUUUGAAACCAACACCAUUUGGAACAUACAGUAGCCCUCUUUUGGUCUUCAAAUCUUACAGGUUCAGCCCUUACUUUCGUAACAAAGAGAAACUUCUGAUUAGUUCUGUUUCCUAUAGCAACUUGAUUGAUCCCAAGCAAUGUUUCUGUCGUUUUGAUUUAACUGGUACAUGUAAUGAUGAUGAUUGCCAGUGGCAGCACAUGAGAGACUGCAUUUUAAAUCAAUCCCAGCUGUUUCAAGAUCUUCUCUCCUACAAUUUAUCUCUGAUUAAAUGUUCAGAUUUUAGUACAGAUGAAGAAAUCAGGGUUGCAGCUGAAAAUUAUGUGGAUAAACAGUUUGGUAAAAACAAAGAUCGUAUGACCACAGAUGAGAUGGCUGUUUUGCUUGUCAGCAAAGUGAAUGAAAGUACUGGUCACACACCACCUUACACAACAUUCAAAGAGAAAAGGAAAUGGAAGCCCAAACUUUUGAGAAAACAAGUUUCUGAAAGUAGUAACAGUGAUGAUGAACAAAAUUCUGGACCAGUACGAUAUGCCAAGUCUGUGGAACAUUCCUGGUCUGGAACUGAAGCCUUGGAUGCAGUUAUUACUCCAGAUGAUGUCCGAUAUUUUACUGCAGAGACCGAUGACAUUGCCAACCUGGAAACGAGUGUAAUGGAAAAUCCCCAAGAUGUACAACUUUGGAUUAAACUCACCUACAAAUAUCUUAAUCAAAGGGAGGGCACCCCAGCAGAAUGUUUAGAUGCUGCACUGAAUGCUUUGGCUCGAGCACUUGAAAUUAAUAGAGCAAAUCCUGAAAUAUGGUGCCAUUAUCUCAACUUGUUUUCAAAGCGAGGUACAAAGGAAGAAGUUCAAGAAAUGUGUGAGACAGCAGUGCAGUAUGCUUCUACACAUGUAGUCUGGUGGACGUAUUUAAUGCACGAGAACUCAUUUGAAGGAAAAGACUAUGUUUGCAGUCGACUUGUGCAGUUUCUUAUGGAAACCAUAGAGAGAUCAGAAAAAUCAGAAAUUCUGUCUUUUCAGCUGCUUCAAUCUCUGCUGUUUUGGGUGCAGUUAAGUCUCUUUACUGGAAGGCAACAGAAUGCACUGGCCAUCUUUCAGAAUGCCUUGAAAACUUCAGAUGGUAACAAAAGUGUGGCAGAAUAUUUAAAUGCAGAUGAAUGCUGCUUGGCUUGGUUAGCCUACAUUCACCUCAUUGAAUUCAACAGUCUUCCUUCCAAAUUCUUCGAUCCAGCUGUAGCCAAUCCUUCUAAGCUCGUAACGAAGGAGCCUUUUCUCAUCCCUUGGCAAUCAUCAAAAGAUAUCAAGACACACCCUGAUACGUUACUUGCAUUGUUUGAAGAUGCUGUCCAAGCAUGUUCUGGGGACUGCUCUACUGUGGAAGAGAGGAUUACAGUCUGCCUCUCAAUUUACAGAAAUAUGAUUUCAGCACUGAGACUGAUGGGGAGGUGGGAAGCUGCUGAAAAUCUCUGCAAAACACUGUUACAGUCUUGUCCAGCUGCUUACCAACUUACUGAAGCUCUAGCUGACCUUUAUUUGGAGAGAAAACAAAUUGAUGAUGCUGUGAAUGCGUGGCUUUGUGCUUUUAGGAGGAGUCCCCAUAAUGCUCAGUUAUUCUAUUACGCAUUCAAAUUCUUCAUUUCAGUGAAAAGCUUAGACAUCGUUCCAGUCUUGUUUCAAGAGUUUAUCAACUCCUUUUUUGAGGGGGAAGUCCCUGAACACCACCCUACUUAUAUUUUACGUCACCUUCUGAAUUAUCCAAUGCCUUAUGACUUCAGAGCACCUUCGUGUAAAGAAAUGUUGAAUGGGGAACGGCUUAACACACAAAUACCCUAUCUAUGGCUAAUAUUCUGCUUAUGGCAGUCCAUUAAUGCAAGCACAAGAGAAGCUGCGGACACAUUUGAAGCAGCUCUGAGUACAGUUAUGCAGAAUGAUGUGUUGAAACAGAUCUGGAUGGAUUAUCUAGUUUUUACCAAUAGCCAGCUAGUUGGGACUAAGAACAGGAUCAGAGACUUCAAACUGUUUACAGACCUGGUUCACAGAUGUUUGGUCACUGUCCCUACAAGAAUGCCUAUCCCAUUCAGCUCUGCCAAAUAUUGGACCAAUUACGAAUUCCAUAAUCAGGUAAUUUCCUUUUACCUGAGCUGCCUUCCUCAAUCCCAGCAUUGCAAAGCCUUGGAAAGAUUCCCUUCCAUGAUGCCAACUAAUGUUGAACUGGCAUUAAGGAUACUGGAGCAGGAGUGGAAGGAGGGUAAUAUCCAGCACCUCAAGUUACAAUUGAAAAUGUAUACACAUUCUCUACCAAUCUGUUUGCCGAUUUGGAAAAUAGCCAUAGUUGUUGAAAGCAUGUUGAGGGACCACCAGAAUGAGGUUCGUCACCUCUAUCAACGAGCUCUUCAGAAGUUACCGCUUUGUGCAUCGCUAUGGAAAGAUCAACUCUUGUUUGAAGCUUCAGAAGGAGGUAAAACUGAUAAUCUCAGAAAACUAGUUGCCAGGUGCCAGGAGAUUGGCGUCAGCUUAGAUGAGCUCUUAAAUUUAAGCCCUUCCCAGAACAGAGGGCAUUGAUUACAGAGCACAAAAAUCUUGCCACAUCCCCCACGUUAAGAGGUGGCUCUUCAAGACCUGGCUCCUCUGUAGCUGAUGUCUGCAAAUGCAGGUAGUAAUGAGUGGAGAUGCACUUGUCCACCGACUUUCUACUCUUCGUGGUCAAAAACAGUUGGAGUUUACGCACCAGUGACCCAAAGCAAGAUCCAUGAACUCUACUUGGCCUCUCAGGGCCCUGUCAGAUUCUCGUAACAUCACGUCCGUAAGUAUGGUACUUCACAAUGAUGAAUCCUUUUUCUUUCUUAAUGUUUGUCUUUAGUCUUGACGCAAACUGAUGCAUGUAAAAUUGGCUAAAUUUAGUGCAGUUUUAUGCACAUGAAUAGGGCAGAUUUUUUCCCCCUUUUCUCCCUUCCCUCGUUAAACUUCUAUUGAGAUUUUUUUAUUGCAGGUUCAAAAGCAGCAGGUUUCAAAGAAAAAGUGUUGUUGCCAUGGUACAGAGUCCAAAGUGACUGCUUGCCUGGUGAAGAUUCCUGGAGGGGUUGCAUUUUGCCCUUUCUUGUAUACUCAGUGUGGUGGGCUUGCUGCUGCAAGGACUCUGUUUUAUGUAUUAACGUACUUGAAGACGAGACCUACUGCAGUGGAAAAGUUGGAACACUAAAAUUUAUGCAUGCCAGUGCAUCAGUUUUUGAGGCUGGUCAAAAUUUAUGUGCAAUCUUGGUUUGUGAAAAUUUAUUUAUUUUAUGGUUUAAACAAAACUUGAAGAAUGACAAGUAUUUGACAAAUAAACUUUUGUACUAAAUAGUUACUUUGUAAGUAUUCUUAUACAAUGUGUUUAUAUUUGAGUA